AUGGCAUCCAAUUGGCUUCCUGCUCCUCCACCGUCCUCCAUCGCUCCUCCACCGUCCUCCAUCGCUCCUCCACUUUCUAUUUUCUCUCUUCCACCACCUCCCGCCUCGCCUCAACACUCUCCUCCGCAACAUCUCGCGCAUUCUGGGGUAACGAAGCAAGAAAGGAAGCUUUUAUGCAGAUUAAUCGACUGUCGAAAACUCUCUCCAGAAGCGUGUUUACAUGCAUCACGGAAUGAACGAUUGCCUGUAAGAGCAGUACUGCAAGUCCUGUUUUCAGAACAGAACAAGAUAACCCGACAACUGGAAUGGAGCGGCUCGUUAUAUACGGAUAGAAGCCCAAACUCUAAUAAGAUAGAGGAGUUGGGCCGAUGCCACUCGAAAAUAGAGGUUUCAGCCCAACAUAUGGAGAUCAAGAGGUUGAAGGAAGAUGUUGUCAGACUUCAGAACCAGAUAAACAUGAUGCAGAAUCAGAUUGAGAAAGUUGGUGAGAAGAAGAAAGGGUUUUUUAGGUGGAAGAAGAUUUUAAUUCCUAGUUCAAGUACUAGUGUUGCAGAUGUAGGAAAGAGGGAUUUUGAGGAAGUUGGGUUUGGAAGACAUACCCCACUUAAUAAGGGUAAGACCUCACAUAGAUGGAGGAAAUCUCUUUCUUGA